UGGUUCCAAUUGUUAUUAGUUAAUUUUAUUCUCUGAAUGUUUUUUUCUUUUUCAAAUAUCAUUAUCAUCGGUUUUUAAAUAUUGGUUCUUGAAUGUCCAAGUUUGAUGAUAAUGAUGUUAAAAGUUCAUACUUUGUGUAUAUUUAGGGCAAGAAAAAUAGACAGGACCUCAGUCGUGAUUUUUUUUAAAAGAUUAGAAUGAAGAUGGCUCUGUUGUUCUCGCUAUAGCGAAUGGAGAUGAUAUAUGAGUUAAUAGAAAUAGUAAUAGUAAUGGGGGCCUGUUAACAUUUUGAAUGCAGUGGAAUUUCGCCAAGCUUGCUUGGAUUUCCGGUUUUGUGCCCCAUUUCUUUGCCCCUCAAACCUACAAACGCAGUGUUCCCCUGUUUUAUUAACUUAUUGAGGAGAAAGCAUUUCAAGGAAUGCAAUUGGUAUAACAAAAUUCUCGUCUUAUGCCUGCCUCCGCCAAAUGGCUUGAUGCCUUUACCCUUCAGUACAUUUUUGUGCUGAUUACACUAUGCUCCCUCAGUUGUUGCAGCAUGGGUAUCCGAGGCCGAACUGAUGGUGAUCGCCUGAGAACAGUCUGGACCCCUGAAAUGGAUCGAUAUUUCAUUGAUCUCAUGUUAGAGCAAGUUUGCAAAGGAAAUAAAUUUGAUGAUCAUUUAUUUAGCAAGCGAGCAUGGAAGCAUAUGACAUCCUUGUUUGAUGCCAAGUUCAAGUUUCCAUAUGAAAAAGAUGUUCUGAAAAAUCGGCACAAAACACUAAGGAACUUGUACAAGGCUGUAAGGAAUCUCCUUGAUGAGAGGGGCUUCAGUUGGGAUGAAAUGCGACAAAUGGUGACUGCUGAUAAUAAUGUCUGGGAUGAAUAUAUCAAGGUACACCCAGAUGCACGGUCAUUCAGAAUAAAAACCAUCCCUUAUUAUCAUGAUUUGUGUUCGAUAUACGGUGACACAGCCAUCGAAGAGAGAAGUAGGCGUUGUGAUAAUAUUCCCGAGGAGUCAUCACAUUCAGGUGAGAAUGGUACAACUGCAGCCACACAGCCAAGGAGAGUUAGUCAGGGAACUGCCGAGACUCUUCAGGAUAUCAUGGUUGGUGAAGAUUAUGGAGUCACUGUGCCAGCAAAGUCUUUUGAUGAUGUGGAGCAUGCUAUGACAAGUGUUCCUGGAAUCACCACAAAUAGUCGCUCCAGAACUUACUGGCAGCCACCCAUGGACCGUUAUUUCAUUGAACUUAUGCAAGAACAGGUGCGGAAAGGCAGCAGGAUAGAUGGUGUUUUCCGUAAACAAGCAUGGAUGGAGAUGAUUGCCUCAUUCAAUGCAAAGUUUGGCUUUAACUAUGAUAUGGAUGUUCUUAAAAAUCGACACAAAACUCUGAAAAGGCAAUAUAAUGUUAUAAAGAAUCUACUUGAAUUGGAUGGGUUUAUCUGGGAUGAUGCGCGCCAAAUGGUGACUGCUGAUGAUUAUGUUUGGCAAGAUUAUAUUAAGGAACAUACUGAUGCACGGCAGUUCAUGACCCGGCCUGUCCCAUAUUAUAAACACUUGUGCAUGAUAUGUGAUCCAAGUGUUGACGAUAGAGACUCCUAUUCAGGUCAAGAUGUGGAGCAAGAAAAUCAAGUUGAAGGCGCCAAGUUGUGUGGAGCAUUAACUAGUUUUCUGUCUCCAUCUACAUCAGUUUCCACUGAAGAUGAAGAUGGUGAUGUGCAGGAGUCAACCCCUAUGUGCCAGAAGAAAAGGCGUCGACUAGAAGACUGCUCAAAUGAGGCUUAUCCAAAAAGAUCACGAGAAGAAGAUGGUGGCAUGGCUAGUGCUCUUCGUGAGAUGGCAUCAGCAGUAUCUUCGUUAUCAGAGAAGAAGAGAAAUGAUGAGAAGUUGAACUCUGGGUCAAUAGAAAGUGUGGUUGAAGCAGUACAAGCAUUACCAGACAUGGACGAAGACCUUGUGUUAGAUGCAUGUGAUUUGCUAGAGGAUGAAAAGAAGGCAAAAACAUUCAUGGCAUUGGAUGUUAAAUUACGAAAGAAGUGGUUGAUGAGGAAACUUCGACCACAGUAGGGUUUUCCAAAGUUGUAUAUUUUUGUCGAAUAGCAUAGAUUUUUACUUUUAAUGGUAAAGAAAAUAGCAUAGAAAUGGAAAGGAAAAUUAACAUCA